CAGCUUAGUUUGCUUCACGCCCAUGCAUCGUCCCUGGGAUUUGUAGUCCAAAGCGAUGCACACAUGAAAGUUUUCUGUAUCAAAGCCUUCUGCCAUUAGUCUCAGUUGAAGCUGAAAUCAAAGCUCGACCAUUUGGAGCACUGCGCCCCUUCCAGCAACCCUUUCUCGCGUCUCAUCUCCCCCACACCCCCCUGCAGUGCGUCACGGGCGGCGCGCGGACCCUGCGACCCCCCUGGCGCUCAGGCGGCCGGUGGAGAAAAGUGAGAGGUGACGCAGCGCUUGACAUUGCAGGCCAGAGCGGAACUGGCCGCCUCUGCGCUCACGGCUUUGCCCAGCUCAAUUAGCGUGACAUACUUUCCCCUGUGAUCGCCUGCCUUCCGCCUGGUUUGCUGGACACAGCGGAUUAUGCCGACUAACUUCUGCAGCGCACUUCCCCGAAGGUACAACAUUCAUUAAGAUAAAGAGGGACGGGGUUUCUGUACCCAUUUACGCACGCCGUCGGAUACUGCCGAAAAAAAAAGUGACUAACGGUGGGAUAUGCCUGUGAAUGAGAAUAUGGAUGGGUUCGUCCCUCAGAAGGAGAUUGUUUAUAACGGCCUGUUGCCUUACUCUGACCGGCUGGACCGUGAGGCCACGGAACUGUUGUCGCAGAUCAAAGAGAACCUGUGCAGAGCUGUCCUCCUCAGAGAGCUGUGGCCCGGAGUCGCUUUCUGGUCCAGGAAACUUUUCUCGUUCCUGAAGCUGUACGGCCGGAGGUUCAGCAAAGAGGACCACGUCCUCUUCAUCAAGCUGCUGUACGAGUUGGUGACGCUGCCGAACCUGGAGCCGUACAUGAUGCAGAGCUACGCCAGGCUCCUCAUUCAGCUUCUCAAGAAGAAGGAACUGCUUUCGAGAGAUGACCUGCAGUUGCCGUGGCGACCGCUCUACAAUCUAUACGAGAGAGUCGUCUACUCCAAAACCGAGCACCUGGGGCUCAUCUGGUUUCCCAACUCAGUGGAACACAUUUUGAAGGCUCUGAUCAAAAGCUGCAGACUGUAUUUUCCCGCGUCCUCCACCAAAGAGAUGCUGGAUGAGUGGCGCCCCCUGCUGUGCGUGUUUGACAUGGUCAUGCAGAAGGCCAUCAGCAACAUGGAGCUGUUCCUGCCCACCAUCAUGCCCCCAGAGGAGCACAGCCAGGCCUUCCAAUUGUGGUUUGAUGAAUUAAUGAAUCUGUGGAUGUCGUUGCAAAAUCAGCCGAGCUGGGAAGGGCACCUAGUGAACCUGUUUGCUCGCCUUGCCAACGAUAACAUCGGCUACGUGGACUGGACCCCUUAUAUUCCCACAAUCUUCACCAGGAUCCUGCGCAGUCUGAACCUCCCAGUCGGCGUCAGUCAGAUGGUGGCACCACGGUAUCUUACCAACUCCUACGACAUUGGGCAUUUGGUAUUGUGGAUCACAGCACUUCUGGGUGGACCAGGAAACCCUGCACAGAAACAACUGACCUGCCUCUUCAACAGCAUUGUCUCCUUCUACCAUCCCUCCAAUCAUGGCCGCUGGCAGUCUCGGCUGAUGCGGCUGCUCCAGCGUCUCCCUGCGAGCGUCGUGCGCCGCGUGCACCGGGAACGCUACGCCGCCCCCAGCUGGAUCACGCUGGUUCCUGAAUGUCAAAGGUUGACUGAUGCGGACCUGCAGGAGUUCACCCGCAGCCUCAUCGGAGCCGUCCUGCUGGCCAUGUUCAGUAAAACUGGCAGCACAGAUGCAGCCUACGCCCUUCAGAACCUGGCUCUCCUCACACCAGAGCUCGCCAUACCACCUAUACUAGAGAAGACGUACGCGGCGAUGGAGACCCUGACUGAGCCGCACACCCUCACCGCCACGCUCAGCUGCAUGAUCGGCAUGGCUCGCAGCCUGGUCUCCCCUAACAACCAUUACCCAGAGGGCCGAGCGCACGUGCUCCCGUUGCUCAUGGGCUCGCUGCCAGGGGUGGACCCCAAUGACUUCAGCAAGUGCAUGAUAACGUUCCAGUUCAUCGCCACCUUCACCACUCUGGUGCCUUUAGUGGAUUGUUCGUCUGCUCCUUCUCGACACACUGAUCUCACGGAGAUUGAAAAGGAUCUGUGUUUUGCUUCGGCUGAGUUUGAAGACUUCGUUCUGCAUUUCCUGGACAGGUGUUUUGCUCUGAUAGACAACAGUACCCUGGAACAGACGAGAGACGAGAUGGAGACGGAUACCCAGACUCAUUUGGAGAGCCUGGUGGAGCUGGGCCUGUCGUCUACUGUCAGCACCGUUCUUACGCAGUGCUCCACUGAAAUAUACAAGGUUGCGCUGCAGAAGGUGUACAAAUUUGCCACCUCCAACAUCUUUGAGACGUGCGUGUCGGGCAGGAUGGUGGCUGACAUGUGCAGAGCUGCAGCGAAGUGUCAUCCCGCCGAGUCUCUCCGUCUGUUCGUCCCUCACUGCUGCAGCGUCAUCUUCCACAUUACUGACAAUGAGGAGCUGCAGAGUGAAGACGAGCUGGAUAAGGAGCUGUUGUGGAAUCUCCAGCUGCUCUCUGAGGUAACCCGCGUGGAUGGUGAACAGCUGUUAAAAUACCAAGGGGACCUGGAGCGGAUACUGUGUGUGUGCGUUCAUCUGCGCUGUAAACCGGCGUACACACUCGCCUGCAGUCUGCUGGAGCACACACUCCGGUCGCUGUCCCUCAUUUAUCCCACCGAGUACCGCAGCACCUCUGGAGGCUUCGAUACUGACCUCCCUAUACGGGACUGGGGCAGAGCGGGAGAUGUGGCGGCCCUGGGCGUGUGUUGGCACGUGCCCGAUCGCGAGGAGGAGAACUUCGUUUUCCAGCUGCUGUCCCGCCUCCUGCGCCCCGAGCUGCAGCGAAUCAAGGGCCACAUCUCUGGAGAUCACCCAAUGAGCAGGGAGGAGUUAUUGCAGAGCCUCGCUAUCGUGCAGCACUGCCUGCUCGGAGCUGGAAGCAUGCUGCCCCCUUUGGAUGGACCACACGUAUCUGACCUCGUGCCCUCCAUGGUCGGUCUGGGGGAGAUCAAGCUGCACAUCGGCGUUGACUACGAUGAUUCACGGGAGAACUACAGAGAGUCCAUCUGCCGAACCAUGAGACUGCUGCUACAUCACAUCUUGGAGCACUCGGAGGACGACACAAAGUCGCUGUUCGUCAUCAUUAAGAUCAUCGGUGACCUCAUGUUUUUCCGAGGCACUCACAAGAAGGAGUUUGACUCACGCUGGAAAAGCUUCACGCUUGUCAAGAAGUCCAUGGAAAAUAGGCUUCAAGGGAAAAAGCAGCACAUUCGAGCGUUGCUCAUCGACCGGGUUCUACUGCAGCAUGAGAUGAGAAAGCUGGUGGUUGACGGCAGUGAAUAUAAAGUUGUUCAUCAGGAGCUGCUCUGUGAUCUGCUGCUGCUUUCUACCAGCACGUACAGCCAGGUGCGGAGCAGGGCGCAGAAUGUGCUCAUAACCGCGCUGGGAACGUUUAGCUUCUCCUACAGGGACCUGAUUCCGCGAAUUUUGCAGCUGCUGUCGCCGCAACACACCACGGGAACACAGCAGCACUUCAAGGGUGCUCUGUACUGCCUCCUGGGUGUAAACAGCAACGUCUGCCUGGCCAGCGCGAGGGACUGGGACUGCGUUGGGGAGAUGUGGCCCGCCCUGGUCCGCUGCGGCCUGUCGCCCUCCAUGACCCUGGAGAAGCCGUCGAUCGGCCGGCUGCUCGACGACAUCACCGACAGGAUCCACCGCCAGCACGACACCAUCGGGAUCUACUUCACCGUGUCUGAGUCAUGCGUAGAGAUAGCAACUAAAUUCGCGCAAUCUGGACAUCCCACGCAUUGUUUAGAGAUACCGUCCAAAGACGAGAGGAGAGAGGGGCGCCAGCGACAGCGAAUCAGAAACGUCGUCGCUGCGCGGAAAUACGAGAAGCUCGUCAACGACCUCUUGGACUGCCUCGAGGACAGAGAACUGCCCUGGAAAUUUGAGCACAUGGCCACAGACUUAUUGUCUCUGCUGCUGAGGGAAGAUCACCCGCUUCCCCCCGACGCCGUCCUUUUCUUCACGCAGAGCCUCGUGCACGACUCCAUCAGCAUACGCAAGGUUGCAAUCUCUGCAGUGGCUGGUAUCCUGAAGCAGCUGAAACGACCAGCGAAGAAAGUGGCAAUGAAGCCAUCUGACAUCAGCGGCGUCGAGGAUCCGGAGGGGGUGUGCGUCGGGGACCGCGAGGGGAACCGCUGGCUGCAGUACGACAGCAACAACCUACCUGUGAGUCGGGAGCAGUGGGACUCGGUGCAUUACGUGGAGAAAACGCACUGGGGCUACUACUCCUGGCCGAGAGAAAUGAUGAUCUAUGCAGCUUCUGAAAAGCCAAAGGAUGACCUGCCAUAUGAGGAGAUGAGUGAGGGUGAAAAGAUCAUCUUCGAAUAUUUCUCGGACCCGGAGUUUAUUGACCAGCUGAUAGAGUUUCUCUCUCUGGAGGACCGCAAAGGAAAAGACAGCUUCAACCCCCGGCGCUUCUGUCUCUUCAAGGGGCUGUUUCGUAACUAUGGCGACGCGCUCCUGCCGUUACUGUGGCCUCACCUGGAGCAGCUCGCCGGUGACCCCCAUGAGAGCUCCCAGCGCUGCUUGUGUGAGAUUACUGCCGGACUAAUCAGAGGCAGCAAACUCUGGAGUUUCAGCAAGGUGGAUAGGUUAUGGCAGCUUUUGUGCCCUUUGAUCAGGACGGCGCUAACCAACAUCACGGUGGAAACUUACACAGACUGGGGCACCUGCAUCGCUACCGCUUGUGAGGGCAGGGACCCCAGGAAACUCCACUGGCUAUUUGAGCUACUAAUGGAGAGCCCCCUCAGCGGGGAGGGCGGCUCUUUCCGGGAUGCCAGUUUACUGUACGUUCUUCAGGGAGGUCUGGCCCAGCAGCAGUGGCGAGUUUCUGAGCUGCUGCACAGGCUCCUGGCUUACCUGGAGCCCAAACUCACCCAGGUGUAUAAAAAUGUCAGGGAGCGCAUCGGCAGCGUCCUGACCUACAUCUUCAUGAUAGACAUCGCCCUGCCCCACACCCGGCCCACCUCCUCCCCCCACGUGGCAGAGUUCGUCACUCGGGUCCUGGAGCGGCUCAAGCCCCUCACGUCCGAGCCGGAGAUCCACAACCACGUCCACGAGGAGAGCACCCAGGGGACGGACGAGCGCACCCAGGCUGUCAAACUUCUCAAGACGGUGUUGAAAUGGUUGAUGGCGAGCGCAGGGCGGACUUUUACCACCCCCGUUCAGCAGCAACUACAGCUCCUGCCUCUCCUCUUCAAGAUUGCCCCGGUGGAGAUUGAUGAGAGCUAUGAUGAGAUGAAACAGGAUGCACGCACGUGUCUCUCUCUCAUGUCCCAGGGCCUGUUGUAUCCCGAGCACAUCCCUCUAGUCCUGGCAGCGCUGGAAGAGAUGGCAGGCAGCAGGUCGUGGCACGCGCGCUUCUCCGUGCUCACCUACCUGCAGAUCAUGGUUUUCUACAACCUGUUCACUCUGCUCAGCGUGCCCGCCGAGGUGCUCCGCAUCCGAAAGCUGGUGAUGCAGCUGCUGCUUGAUGAGCAGCUUGAGGUGAGGGACAUGGCUUCCACCACCCUCAGUGGUUUACUGCAGUGCCAGUUUUUCCCCCUGGACUCCAGUCUGCAGACACAGCUCCAGACGCUGAGUCAGACUUGUCUCCCCAAGGCCAGAGGAGAGCUGGCCUCCACAGACUUGGUGCGGCGCCACGCCGGCGUGCUCGGCCUCAGCGCGUGCAUCCUGUCGAGCCCCUACGACGUUCCAGAUUGGAUGCCACAGAUACUGAUGGACCUGAGCGACCAUCUCAACGACCCGCAGCCUAUAGAGAUGACGGUGAAGAAGACGCUGUCCGAGUUCCGGCGCACUCACCACGACAACUGGCAGGAGCACCGACAGUGCUUCACCGACGACCAGCUGCUCGUGCUCACGGACCUGCUGGUGUCGCCCUGUUACUACGCCUAGAUGGCCAUCUGCCUUCCCAGGUCCUCUGCAGACCAACUGACCGCUGCCACAGGACAAAAAAACGUCAUCCUUUUAGCAACGCUGGGAACGCCGGCCCUCUGUGCGGCCUGUGAAAAUAACGUCUGAUAACGCUGGCCGGGAGCCUCUCCCUCUGGAACCUCGUGUGCCGCUGUUGGCCUUCGGUAAACCCGGCAGGAAAAGCAGGUCUGGGCAAAACAGCUUCAAAUAUUUAUCUUACUUGGCGUGUUUAUUUCGUCUCGCCAAGCAGCUCAGCAGCCCCAAAGGUGGCCACUUUAGCGAUAAAGGUGUGCGUUCAGUUCCUCGUUGUUCUAAUCGACCGCUGCUUUGCCCACAUCUGCCACAAAACUCGCAUUACUUCUACUCACAGAAUGUCUCUCUACUGCUUAUCAUUUCUAAACCUCUAUUCAUUUAUUAAAUAUUAAAAAAUCAUUAUGUAUGAUGAUAUAAAUAUGUAGAAUUAAUAUAAAAUGUUAUACUAUUAAUAUAAUUAUGAUGUGUAACAAUAUUGCUAUAAAUAAUUAUAUAUGUAUAAUAUAUUAUAAGUUAUCAUAUUCCUAAACAACACACUGUGUUUUAUUAUACAAUAGCCAAGCACUUUGACUUUAGAGACGAUCUACAGGUUUGUAGUUGACACAAAAUACCUGCAGUUCAUCACCUGUGCACAUUCACAUCACAAUAUCUUCUUUAUUUAUUCCACACAGAGCUCUAACGUAACGCUUUUCUUUUUUUCUUUCUUCCACGGAUAGCUUUUAGUUUGGUGCCAAACGAAAUGUUAACGUUGUACAGACGCUUGCGCAGAUAAUAAACACUUGGAAACCGUU